AUGACAGCUCGUCCGGCAAUAGCAAAUCGACGUAACAGUGCAGCUGUACAUCCUUUUCCAAAUCCAUCGAUGGUUGCUAUCGUUCUCGGUGCGCAAUGGGGUGAUGAAGGAAAAGGCAAAUUAGUUGAUCUAUUAGCAUCUGAAGCCGAUAUUGUGUGUCGAUGUCAAGGUGGAAAUAACGCUGGACAUAGUGUUGUUGUUGAAGGUGUAGAAUAUGAUUUUCAUAUGCUUCCAUCCGGUUUUCAUUUACAAAACUGUGUUAAUAUCAUUGGUAAUGGUUGUGUGGUUAAUUUACCUGAAUUAGUGGAAGAAAUUGAAAAGAAUGAAUCUCGUGGUGUUACGAAUUGGUCACAACGAUUAUUGAUUUCAGAUCGAGCUCAUCUUGUUUUUGAUUUUCAUAAAAUGAGUGAUGGUUUAAUUGAACGAGGACGUGGAACCAGUAUUGGACCAACAUAUUCAUCAAAAGCUACACGAAAUGGUAUUCGAGCAAUUGAUUUAAUUGGUGAUUUUUCCAUAUUUACCGAAAAAUUACGAAAUCUUUAUAAUUAUUAUAAAUUAACAUUUCCUGAUUUGGAUCUUGAUAUUGAAAAAACAAUUGAACAAUUCAAAAAACUUGCGGAAUAUUUUCGUCCAAUGAUUAUUGAUACAGUCGCUUAUUUGAAUCAAAAUAUUCUUGAUGGUUCAAAAAAAAUUCUCGUCGAAGGUGCAAAUGCUACCAUGCUUGAUAUUGAUUUCGGUACAUAUCCAUAUGUAACCUCAUCGAAUUGUAGUGUUGGUGGUGUAUGUACUGGUCUUGGUCUUGCACCUAAAUAUAUCGGUGAUAUAUAUGGUGUUGUUAAAGCUUAUACAACACGUGUUGGUGAUGGUGUUUUUCCAACUGAACUUCGAAAUGAAAUUGGUGAACAUUUACAAACACGUGGUCGUGAAUGGGGUGUAACAACAGGUCGAAAACGUCGUUGUGGUUGGCUUGAUCUUGUUUUACUUCGAUAUACAACUAUGAUAAAUGGUUUUACAGCUUUAUGUUUAACAAAACUUGAUACACUUGAUGAAUUAGCUGAAAUCAAAGUUGCGACAACAUACAAACGAAAUGGUGUUGAAUUGCCAAGUUUUCCUGCCUCUGUCGAUACAAUGCAUGAUAUUGAGGUUGAAUAUGUUACAUUCCCCGGUUGGCGUGGACGUUCAACAUCUGAAUGUCGUACGUUUAAUUCACUUCCACAUAAUGCUCGUCUUUAUGUUCAAUUUAUUGAACAAUUUCUUGGUGUACCUGUCAAAUGGAUUGGUGUUGGUAAAGAUCGUAUGGCAAUGAUCCGUGUUUUCUAA